UACGCGACACAACAUGGCGGGCGGGCGGCAGCGCUGAGCGAUGAGAUUCCUAUGAGGCAUGGCAUCGCUGCAGCACUGCCCGGUCUCCAUGACAACCGGCGAGACAGGCUGGGGGGGCGAGGGGCCCCCCCCUCCCCAAGGCGACGAGAGGAGCGGCGCGGCCCCGGCGGCCGCCACCUCCGUCGGCGACUACGCCCCCGGCCUGGAGUUCGCCGAGAGCUUGGCGGGGAGCGCCGCCAGCGCCGCCGCCGAGCGCGCGCACGACGCGAUGCUGGGCCUGGAGGCCCCGCCGUGCCGCGCGGCGCCGGCGGCCCGGCGCGCCGCACCGCCUCGCCGCGCCCCCGCCGCCGCCACGGCCGCCUCCACGGCCUCGCCCGCGCCGGCCGCCGUUGCCACGGCCGCCGCGGCGAGCGGGCGCGGCGCGCGGAACGCGUCCUGGCGCCCCGGGAAAACGACGGCCGUGGCCGUCGCGUCCACGGGCGCAGGAGGGCCUCCGAGCGAGGCGGCCCCGGAGGGCGCGGCAGCGGAACCGGGUGGCGGACGAUCGGCAGGCGGCGGCGGCGCCGAGGGCGACGUCCUCGUUCUCAAGCAGGGCUCCUGGGACCUCUUUCCGUGCCACUUCUACUUCGAGCCGCGCAAGCGCCGUCUGGCGAGUCUUAACGCUGAGGCGCUCGUCACCGCCCUCCUGGAGCGCGACCUGCCCAACCUGGCGUCGUCGUCGUCGUCGUCGGUGAAACCGCCGGCCAAGCGCAGCCGCCGCCAGUGCAGCCUGGACGGCUCCGGCGCGGCGGGGGGCUGCGGCCGCGGGGGGAUGGCGCCAAAGCGGCGCGGCGCCGGGGGCGGCGGCGGCGGCGGCAAUGACGCCCGCGGCAGCAGAACAGCUAAGAACGCCGGCGCCGCAAGUCGGCGCAAGCGCCCGCGCCGUGCCGGCGGCGCCAACGGCCGCGAGCUCGUGCGCUCCCGCUCUGAUCCAGGCCCCUCGGUCGUCGCCCCGGCGAAGCCGUGCAGGCCGGCCGGGCGGGGCGGGCGGGCGACGCGCGCCAACCCGGGUUCGGCCGGCGCCGGCAGGGCGGGCGGCGGCCACGCCGGAGAGCGGCGGCAGUCGCCGGUGCGGUUCCCGCGUCCGUCGGCGAGCGCCGCUCCGUCGUACGCGCCGUGCGAGCCCUGCCGUGAGUGGGGGUGUGGGUGCGGGUGCCGCGUCGGGGAGGAGGCCGGCGCCGGCGCGGGGCCGGUGGGGAAGGCGGCGGUCGGCAGCGCCGUGGACCCGCGGGCGGCGCGAGUCUGCCUGGUGAAGCUGCCGCACGCCGAGUCGGUCGUGUACGGCACGCGCGCCAACGGCAGCUCCGACGGCAGGCGGACGAACCACCAGCACCACCACCGCCACCGUCGGCACCAGCAGCACCACCGGCACCACCACCAGCAGCAUCACCACCACCAACACAAACAGCAGCACUCGCACCCCGAGGACACCGAGGACAAUGAGGAGGAGCACGGCGGCUACGGUUGCCGUGCGGCGCAAGCGCGGCACCCCAGUGCCCGCCCGGCGUCGGGUUUGCCGCGGCCGCUGGCCCUGUACCCGGCACGGUCGAUCCCUGCCAGCCCCUACCCGGAGCUGCCGUCACCGGGCGGCCGGGACCACCCGGGCACCGGGCUGUUGCUCGUACCGGCCGUCGGCGGUAGUAGGGCGGGCGCCGGCCGGGGUGCGGACAAGCGGGGCUCGCACGGGGGCAUGCGGGGAGCGAGGGGCGCGGCGGCGGCGGCGGCGUCGGCGUCGGCGGCGUCGCUGGUGUGCGAGGUGGCGCUGAGCUACACGGCACGGAGGCAGACCAACGGCUGGGUGCCAGUCGGGGAGGCCUACGAGAAGGCCGUCUACGUGGCGGGCGAACUGGAGCUGGUGCCGAGGCGCUGCUACGGCGCCGUCCGACGCGGCGGUGACGUCAUCGCGGUGCGCGACUGCGUGCUGCUGAGGUCGGGGCCGCGUCGCAAGUGCCUGCCGUACGUCGCCAAGAUCUCGGCGCUGUGGGACGACCCCAAAACAGGGGAGCUCACCAUGAGCCUGCUGUGGUACUACCGCCCCGAGCACACGCAGGGUGGCAGGGUUCCUGGCCAGCACUGCGAGAACGAGGUGUUUGCGUCGCGACACCAGGACGAGAACAGCGUGGCCUGCAUCGAGGACAAGUGCUACGUGCUCACCUACCUGGAGUACUGCAGGUUCCAGGCCGAGGUUCGCCAGCGCGAGGAGUCGGGGCGGCGGGCGAAUCCGUUGGCGAGACCCUCGGCGGGUGUGGUGCCGGCACUGCCGGCACGCGUCGCCCCCCCCCACCGCUGUUUGCCGGACCGAGCCAACCCCGGCCUCGUCUACCUGUGCCGUCGCGUCUACGACUUUCGUCUCGGACGCAUCCUCAAGAACCCCAUCUAGCGCCCACACCAUCGCCCCGGGCACUGGCUACCGGGCUAUACGCCAUACUGCCGGGCUGUAGGCCGUACUGCUGGGUUAUACGCCGUACUGCCGGGUUAUACGCCGGGCUUUACGCCGGGCUGUAGGCCGUACUGCCGGGGCUGUGCACCAUACUUAGCGGGGCUGGGGGGGGUGGUGGUGCGGCGCAGCCGCGCACCAACACGAGACCGAGAGCCGCCGCCGACGCGGCAACGCGCGGUCGGUCGGGCGAACCUCGGGACGCUGCGCUCUGGAAGUGGCCAGAGCCGUUCCACCGAUUGAGCAAAAAUCCCCGCAAAGAUGUAUUCCGAUUGCCGUCGCUCUCGCGUAUUUUGUAUUUUUCGAUUGAACCUAUUCGGUUUUGUGUUUAUUAUACAUAGCUAUUAUAUAUAUAUUUUUGCGGAACUCCUUUUAGAGUUGAUUGGGGGCGGCGGGGGGCGGGGGGGGAAUGCGCAGUCUGGAAUGUGUUGGGUGGGGGGGGGGGCGCCUGUUAGUGCUGCGCUGACGGAUUACUACGGUCCCUCGCAACCCCCCCCCUCCCACCCCCUACUCGCCAACCUUUAGUCCCUGCCAUGGUGAAGAGAAAUCAAAAUUGGUAUAUUCGCCAAAAUUCCUGCCUCAGUCCUCCUUUGGCGUGGUGUGGGUGCGUGCGCGCGCGCGCGCAGCUGUUGGCGUGUGUGCGUAUGUGCGUACGUGUGUGCGUGCGUGCGUGCGGGUGUGUCUGGGCGUGUGUAUGUGUGCGUGUGUGUGAUGCCCUAACAGUCUUGUGUGGGAUGCCACCGGUAGGAUUUCUUUGCAGUUUGCGAAAAACGCUCUUAACGUUGGCACUUAGGGGAGGGGGGUGGGGCAGACAGUGGUUGGGGGGAAAGUAACAAUUCGAGCACACAGGCCGCGACCCAGAGAGCAAGUCGGGUGCGGUGGGGUGAGACGGAACGUUGACCGUGGCUCUGAUCCUUACCUUUUCUGGACCAGUUACCCUACCUCUCUAAGCCAAGUGCUCGCCUGGACCACAGCCCACACACUUUUUAACAAGAAUCUUAAUUCGAACUGUAACUUUAAACCUCCCCAACUGUUAUCGUUUGUUAUAAUACUGACCUCAUCCCGAGUCAUUACUUUUGUAGCCCUAACGUUUGCCCUCUAUCCGACUGUAACCAAAACUGUUACUCUGACCAUAACCCUGACCUUAACGCGUGACCCUUACCCCUAACUCCAACUCUAAUCAUAGCUCUAAUGACCAAUCGUAACCUGAGCUCCUAGCCCCCACAGCGCCAGCCAUAACAUCUCGUCUGUCCAACUGCGUCCCCUCAUCCACACGUGCGUCGGUUGCUUAUUUGACCGCUUUCGCUUUCACGUUAACUAACCGUCGGGACAGCGUUUUUAUUUUUUGCUGCUGCCGCCUUUUCCGACAUAGUAGGCCGCGUUAAAUUUCGAUUUAAAGCUUUCGUGACUGCAGCAGGGAUUCAUCUUCUUGGUUCUUUCGGUAAAGUCACGUAGAAGGGAAAUAAUAAAAUAAUUAAAAUAAAACAUACUAAAAUAAUUCUCACGACGUUUCGGCCACAACGCAAGCAGCCGUCCUCAUGUGAAGAUCAGGUCUGUC